AAAACAAAUUUACUAUGAUUUUCAUGGUUGAUGUUCAUGUGCAUUUGGUACGGAGUGAGUGUCAUUGGAAUUGCGAAAUGCAUGUGAAAGAGAAUGAUAAAUAGAUAAACACUCAUUUUUUUUUCAGCUUACUCAAAGAGAAAGACAGAAAAGAAAAUAUUUUUGUUAAUCCUGACGGGAGAACGAAGUUUGCUACGAUAGUACUGAGGAGCGACUGACCUAUCAACGAUCAGAUAAACGAAAUAAAAAAAAAAGGAAGAAAGGGAAAGAAAAAAAGAUUAAAAGUUGAACAAGCAGAUUUGGAAAACCAGAAGUGAAAAGAAAUAACUCGAUCAUAGGAGAUUAAAUGUAUAAACAAGAAAAGAACGUCGGGAUAGAGUAGUAAAAAAUAACGAAAAGACAGAAAAAAAAUAUAAAAAAGGAAAGAGAAAAAGACAACUGCAGUGAUAUACACCCCUAUAUGAAACCACUGAAUAGACUCGCCCACAUUGUGAGUGUUUCUAAACUUCGAGGAAAAACUUUUUCGGUGCUUUUACUUGCUUACUUAGCUGACUGGAAUGUUUUACUGGUUAAGGAGUGGGAAAUAAUCCUAGAUCACCUCGACUCGAUCGCGAAGACGGUUUACAACAGAUACAUCGAUAAUAUUUAUAACUGCUAAGGUUUCUUUACGACCGUUGAAUGUGGCUAGCUAUGAAUUUGUUCUUGUGAAAACUGGAGGCAUGGUUAUUUUUCCUCUUUUCCUUCAAGAUGUUUUCUGAAAAAUUUACCUUUUGAAUUUUGUCAAUCGUCUGAUAUCAUAUUUUAAACUGUCCAAGAAUUGAAAUUCAUACAGCUACACUCCAGUAAAUGAACUAAAUGGCGACCGAUGCAGGAGCAGGUUUUGAUUCCAGGGGUCUUGGACUUCGGGUCCAGAAAAAGCUAUUGGGGAAGAUGUCAAAUAAGAAAAUUGCCAAAAUAUUUGUUGAUGAAACAUUGGCUGAAGUGCUUGACAACAUGUGUCGAAUCCUGAAAGACUAUUCUUCAAAUAAGAAAGAAGUAGAAAAAAUCCUUAAGUACAUUAUCAAGACAAUAGUAAAGAUUGGGAUUCUAUUCCGAAACGAUCAAUUUAACCAAGCGGAACUGACCAAAAUUGAAGUCUUCAAGCAAAAGUUUAAUACCCUUGCAAUGACUAUCAUCAGUUUUUGUGAAGUGGAUUUCACCUAUGACAGAAUUUUCUUGCAAAAAAACUUAGAGGAAUGUCGUAGCCUUAUCCAGGAGAUUGUUCACAGACAUCUGACAGACAAAUCUAAGACUCGAAUUGACACAGUGUUCAGAUAUUUCUCAGAUACAGAUCUUUUGGAUGAACUAUUCAGCAGUUCUAGCAAAUACAAAGAUCAAUUAAACAUCAUAGUAGCAGAUAUGCACAAAAUGAUCGAUGAGGGAAAUUUAUAGCUGUUAAACUACAGUCUUCUUUUUUAUAUAUAUAUAUAUAUUGUUUAUUUUUACAUUUUGCCCCUUAUUUUUUUUUUUCUUUUGUUCAAAUAAAUUGUAUUUUUACUUCUAACUCUCAUUUCUUCUGUCGACUUUGUCAAACAUGACAAACAUGCCACGUGUGCUGUUAAUUACAGGAUUUGCGUGGCAUCGUUCUAUUAUGUCUUUCAGAGCUAAUAACUCACAGGGUCGCAGCUUCUCACAAAAAUAUCGUGACUGUUGGCGAAUACAACCCUCAUCCAAAAAAAAGCAAGCAGCGCUACUAAAAAGAUUCAUUUGGUGAUUCUCAGCCAUAGUAGUCUCAUUGCUUGAAGAAGCCUGAGGACAUGGUCUCAGUCAAUUAAAAUCAACCAUAAUACUUAACUAGUGCUUUAUUUUAUCAAGGCUUGGAGGAUGAAAGACAAAAUUGACCUCAAUGGAAUUUGAACUUGGAACAUAAAGGUCUAUAACUAAAUACCACAAGGCAUUUUGUCUGAUGCUCUAACAGUUCUGCCAAUCUGCCCCUUCAUUUGAAAAACCCGCAUCUUUCUUUGCAAAUAAUUAAACCAACAGUUUUACUAUUUUUAUAUGUAUAUAUGAAAUGUGUAAGUAUAACUUCUUACUGAUGUAGAUACAACUACUUUUACAUAAAAUGUCUUUUUUUUAAGUCUUCUUUAAAUUUUUUUUUUUCUUUUUACCAACUUUAAUUCUAGGCAUUUAUAACAUCAUGUAUGUUUCAUGUUUUCGUGUUACUUAUAUUUUCUUAGUAAAUUGAAAAAUUAUUGAAAAACUGUACACAUUGUGAAGUAAUUGUUAACCAUGUACUAUACAUUACAUACAUACUAUUUUCUAUAUUUUACAGUAUCUACUAAUUAUACAGCAAAUGUUCAUAUAGCAUUGAAAUUACUUUUUACUUGUCGGUAGUUUAUUAUAUUUAUCCCGACCUCUAUGUUUUAGUGAUUCAUAACAAUUACACCAUCAAGAAUUCAUCCAUUCAUGUUUUUCAAAGAAACCUGUACAGGUUGUUUUUGGGGUUGUUGUUUUUUUUUGUGGUGAUGGUGGGAGACAAAGGUGAGAGUUGAAAAAUAAAAAAGAUAAAGCAUUAGGUAGGUGUUGAGGGGUGGUGAAACGUUUGACCUCUGUAGCAAUGCAUAAUAGGUCAAAGUCGGAGAGGAAUGAAUUCUUGAGCAAUUUAUUCUUUGUACAUUAUGGUAAAACAAAGAAAUCUGGAUUCAAAAAUCUUUGAACAUGUUAACAUAUGGAUUACCAUUAAGGUAGUGAUGGAGAAGAUACUUUGAAUUGAUAUGACGUUCUUUAUGUAGAAAUUUUGCUUCAAAUUUGUACAUCAUUUUUGGAUAUCUAUUGAAGAUAGUAUACAUCAACUGUAGAAUUGAAGAUAUGAGACCAGUAUAUAUUAACUGUAGAUUAAUAUUCAAUUCAAUAAUUAGUUGGAAGAUACUCAUAUUUGAUUCAAUGCAUUCCCUAAUGUUUUAGGGGUGAUUUGAGCAAUAGGUAGUGGGGUUUAUUGGUUUGCAUGUGUAUCUGUUUUUCUGUGCUGGAAAGGAUUGGAUAGUUCUGUAAUAUAGCAUUCUUCUAUGCAAAUUAAUCCUGUUUAAACACACUAUUCAGGAAAUUGCUGAGUUUUAUGAUUAGAAGCCUUUCUUAGUGUCAGUUCUUAUGACAGACUGGGCUUGGUGUUUUUUUUAUCAUUGUACCAGCACUAGAUAAACUGGCUUCCCAAUCACUUUCUUCACCACACAUUGAGUUGAAUAACCAAGAAAAAAAAUAUAUAUAUAUACAAAGAAGCACUUACAUGGUUGCUGGAACUGCUAGAACUAACAGCUACACCUCCCUUCAUAUAACUCCCAUCUCAAAUAAGGAAAAGAUAUAUAAUGUCAUAGUGUUGUUUUUAUUUAAAUGCCCCUAAACGACAACAUAGUCUCAGCUGGAAUGCUUUUAUUAAUAGCUCUGUGCAAUCUAGGAUGACUUUGGGUUAAACAGCAACAGCAUGAAUAUAUGCUGUAGGCUAGGGAAUUGGGAGUCCUAGAGUAUCUGGGUUUUUUUUUAUAUUUCAGUUUAAAGGUUGAUAUAGGUAAUUUACCAUUCUGUAAAAUAGUAAAAAGUGGGAAAUGAAGUUGAACUAAUAUCUAUUUAAAAUUUUAUUCCUUGUUCUUCAGUUUAAAACUUAACAUGCUUUUAUGCCUAUGCAUACAUUCCUCUAGAAACUUUUGAACAAGAGAUACUGGGCUAAAAAAAAACAAGGUAGAUUUUUUUUUAAUGUUGUAUGAUUUUAAUUUCCCAAGAUACAAAACAUUUGCCAUUUCAUUCAAGAACUGUUUUCAAACCUAAAUGUCAGCUAUUUCAAGUUUGUACCUACAUUUGUCAAAAUAUUGCAAUAGUAACAAAAUGUUUAUAUGUGAAAAUAUGAUUUUUCUUUUUUUUUUUAUAUAAACAGUCAAAUGUUUUCAUAAGAAGGUAUUUCAGACAGAUAUGAGGGGAGAUUGACAAAUAAUAAAUAACCUAAUUGUUGGUUUUUGCCAUAUUUGGAACAAAAACAAGACAAUUUUUAAUUGAUAAAGAAAAUGUACUAGAA